ACAGCGCCACCAACCGUUCGACCUCUGAAACGCACAGGAACCAGUUUGACGUAACCAGAAUUCCAAAGAUGGCGGCGUUGGUCGCGCCUCGCCUGGCCAUGUUUGGCUCCUUUUCAACAAGAUCCAUCUCGGUGUUUGCUGUUCAACAGAAGAGUCUGCACAGCUGGGCUAAAAGUGACAAAACCUGCACGAGUCUGGUUCCAGUCAGAGAGAAGAGCACGGCGGUGGCAGCAGUAGCAGCAGCCCAACCAGCGGCUGUAGCCAGCAGCAAGGGGGAGUAUGUUAUCACCAAGCUGGAUGAUCUGGUCAACUGGGCACGCAGGAGCUCUCUGUGGCCUAUGACCUUUGGGCUGGCGUGUUGCGCGGUGGAGAUGAUGCACAUGGCGGCGCCCCGUUACGACAUGGACCGCUUCGGAGUCGUGUUCAGAGCGAGCCCCCGGCAGUCUGACGUCAUGAUCGUGGCAGGAACGCUGACCAAUAAGAUGGCUCCGGCUCUGCGGAAGGUGUACGACCAGAUGCCUGAGCCCAGAUACGUCAUUUCUAUGGGAAGCUGUGCUAAUGGAGGAGGCUACUACCACUACUCCUACGCUGUCGUCAGAGGCUGCGACAGAAUUGUACCAGUGGAUAUUUAUGUUCCAGGUUGUCCUCCCACUGCAGAGGCUCUCCUCUAUGGGACUUUACAGCUGCAGAAGAAAAUCAAACGUGAGAAGAAGAUGAGGAUCUGGUAUCGGAAGUGAAUGUGUAAAUUAAAUGAGUGUAUCUUCUAUGUAAAUGCUGUAUUCCUGGCUUCAUUUGGAGCUCUGCUCCUCCUUCAAGUAGAGCUGCAAGAACUAACUUCAAUUAAAUCAUUGUUGUAAUUUAGAGACAGUUCAAUGAACAUAAUUUUCAAUAAAGUUGGCUUACAUGAAAA